GAGUUGGGGUCCGCAAGCUCACCAGAGGCAGAGGGAGAGAAGGAAGGCAGUUGGUCUGCACAGCGAGCUCUGGAAAGCCUGGAGGCGCUCCUGGAAGCUGACUCGCAGCCGCCCGAGGCAAAUGCAUCACCUGCACUGGCUUCCUGUGCAGAUGUGGCCUACCAGGUGUUGGGCUCCGUGUUCAGCCCAGAGCUGGCUGAGGCUUUCUGGUCUGUGGAAGACGCCCUCAGUGCCGUCGCCGCCUGGGAAACCGGAGAAGACGACUCAGAGGAAGAGCCUGGCGAAGACUCCACAGAGCCUGGUGAGGCUUCGAAUUCGCACCGGGGCUAUGGCAGACGCUUCCGCGGGGCGGCAAGCGAGGAAGGCACCUCGGGAGAUGCUACUUUUGCAGACCCAGCCACGCCUGCAAGCAGCUCUCGGGGACAACGCCGGCCGUGGCUCACUUCGGCAGAGCAGCUUCCACU